CAAGUAGUUGGAGCGUCUAAGCGGUUGUAUUGCUCACGCGCUAUUAAAACAAACGGGUUUUUUUUAAAGUUUUUAAAAACGGUAAAGGAACAUUGGGCGCACGAGCGCGGUGAUUUUGUGACGUUUAGGGAGCGCGAUAUUAAACCCUUAGCUCUGGCUAAACCCAGACACUUCCGGGUUCGCGCGAUGACGUCGAAAUUGCGCGACCCAGGCUACAGUUGAGUGAGCGCUAAAACACGGGUGUUUGGGGUUUAAAUGCGGCUGUAACGCGAUCCGUAGUUUAUUCGGUCCACUUUAUUUAAUAUUGUAUAAAAAUUUGUUAGGUUGAAGGAGUUUUUUUUUAACGCGCGCGCACAGAAGAUGAACGAUGAUGAGUGCACGUGACAGCAGCAGCAGUAGCAGCAGUGAGGAUGAAAACACAGAGCGGAUUAAAGAGGCGCUGUGGAGCUUCGAAGCUGAAUCCGUUAUGAAGCACGAAGAUGGAGGGAAGCACACACACAGUAAGAGAUUGAAAGUGUGUGACCACGAACACGAUGGAAACGAGCUGCAAACCACACCAGAGUUUCGCUCUCACGUUGCCAAGAAGCUUGGAGUCAUGCUGGACAGUGUGAUCUGUGAGGUGUUCUCUGAGUCUCCUGACUGUAAACCUGACACACAGGAUGAAGAUGAAGGUGAAGGUUUCCGACUUUUCUCCACUUCACUUCCUGGGAACUGGAGGGAGGAGCCAAAGGAGAACCCACCCCCUAGACGCAGACCUGCACCCAGCUCCAGUGACAGUGACAGUGAGAUGGAGUCGAGGUUGAGGGAAGCAGCUGUGUCCGUAUCAGAUCUGCUUCGUUCCUCCUCCACAGAGAGACGACAGGAGGAUGAGAGGACGGACGCUGGAGCGAGGGACAGAGAGAGCGCUGAACCGAAGAAGAAAAAGAAGAAGAAGAAAAGGAAAGCUGUGACUGAGAGAAAGGAGGACGAGACGUUAGCGCAGGACCACAGCGCAGAGAACAACACGCUGAAGAAACGAAAGAAAAAGGAGAAGAAAGUGAACGAGUGACUGAUAUCAUGUGAUUCAGGAUGUUUAAUAUCUAAAGCAGUUUUUCACUCAGUUUGUUCUGAUUUCAUGUUUUUUUUAUAAAUAAAUAUUGUUUUAUUAUAGAAACAAAAAAAAA